GUUUGAGGUACUCGGGUCACGUAUUCCAUUUCAAUAGUAUUUUAUUAAAUUACUAAAACCCCUUUCGGACAACCCUUUACAUGCAAUGUUGCGAAAGUAAAAAUGUAGUUACCAUCAGGUUACAAAACGGAAACUCAGCGAACCUCGCCCUUUCGCCUCGCUCUCCCUACUAUAUAUGUCAUGGUUACACGUACAUACUUGAACUUGCGUCAUUGUUCGUCGUGACGAAUGAAAAAUUGAAACAAAUAUUCGGAUAAAAUAAAAGCCUCGAUCGGAGUGUCUGGAUGUAAAAAACGUAUCCGUGUCCCUUUGGGCCCGCAGUUUCGCGAAGACAAUGCUGCACGGUAUCAACCAAAAGCCGAGGAAUAUUGUGCAGCCGCAAUGUCACGAAAUUAAAGCCACCCCUGACAAAAAAAAAAAAAAAAAGAAGAAAGAAUUGGGGGAGCAUCCGACUGUCGAAAGGGCAAAAGCACCCCGUCUCGCAUGGAGCCCUUCCGUCCGGGCAUCGACCUAUCCAGAUGGUAAGAAGCAGAUGCAUCAUCCCCUGGAACUUGGCCGGACGUUCGCCAGGGUUCGCCAGCCGUUGGUCCAGCCCAGCAUCCCUUCGACGACGCUCACUCGUCCUGUCGGAGACCGCCGGAACUACGCACGAGGUCGCAGGCGAUGCACCCUCUGCGCAGGGCGUCUGCAAACAAUAGACGCGUGCGUGCUCCGCGCGAGGGUGUCCCGUCUGUGCGCGAUAAUUUCAUUAAAGUACAAAUGCACCGACUCCAGUGACGAGGAAAAAUAAACGUUGACCAACGACCGCGAGCCGAUGGAACAGUCUCAAAUAAAAAACACCCGAGGAAACUGACGCUGGAACGACGAAACCCGCGACGAACGGCUGGGGAGCCCCCGGGGGGACGUAUCGGUCGAGGAAAACGUAACAUGGCUGUAAUCGGCGUCGUCCACGCUCGUAAACAGUGAUUUCUAUACAUCGGACGAAAUCGGUGGCGAGACCCAUCGAUUCGGGAAAGAGUCACGCUGGAUAAUCACUGAUAACUGUGCCGAUUGCGUGGAGCUGGCUUAUCAGGAGGGAUGACACGUCACGCGGUGGUGCGCAAAAAAUAUUGCUGAUCCUCGGUGCGCUCGGGGGGGGAUCCUGCGCCGUGCAUGACCGGCGACGGAAAGAAAUUUGUCGGGGCCGAUUCGCAGUGACUGCGGGAGCGCGGAGGAAUAUAUUUGAAAUCUACGCACGGGAAUCCUCGAGGAAAUGAGAUCCUACGACGGCGAGAGCAGCUCGACGGAGGACGACGACAGAAGAGAGGGACUCCCCGAGGCGCAUCUUCAGCAAGGAUCCUGGCAGCGCUCGGCAUCGCAUCCCACAUGGGCCUGGGAGCAUCGCGCCACUCAUCCUCUGCCACCGCAAUCUGCGGCGUCGUUGGAGUCCAUGUACUCGGUGCCAGGAGCGUCUCACCCUAGCGUUUCCGCUCCUCCAGCUGGCUACUCAUCGGAGCUCCCUCAGAGUGCACCUGGUAGGAGGACUCCUCUGGGUGCCGUCGGUCUCGGUGGAUUCUAUUUUCAGCAGCAACCGCAACCGCACGCCUCUUCGAGUGCUUUGUCCGAUGAGAACAGACCGGGCCACGAAAGACCUAGUGCGUCCAGACUGAACUGCCCGCCAAAGUCGAAGAGCACGCGCCAAGGUAAAAGCAUGCGACUGAACAUAAACGCGAGAGAGCGCAGAAGGAUGCACGACCUGAACGAUGCCCUCGACGAGCUUCGAUCUGUCAUUCCCUACGCCCACAGUCCGUCCGUGAGAAAGCUGUCCAAGAUAGCCACUCUUCUGCUGGCGAAGAACUAUAUUCUCAUGCAAGGAAACGCUCUGGAGGAACUGAGACGAGUGAUAGCGGUGCUUCAGUCGCCCCACGCUCACACCACCGCUCUGCCACCCACGCCUGUUUCCUACGAUCUCCUACACGGAUUUCCAGGCAAGUUGUUCCAAGGCGUCCAGGACAUGCCUGGGCUUCCUGCCACCGAUCCUCAGGGUGUCACCGCUGGAGGACCCCCGACUGACGGCGCUGUGACAAGUGGGGAGUCGAAUUAAAGAUUUCGCUAAGAUGUAGAAUCGAAAGGAGCAAUCAAUUGAGAGGAAUAGGGUUGGAAUUUUAGUAGAACGAAAGUGUUCGAUUCGGAGCCACUGCCUCUGUACGUUGAGUACGGUUUUUAUUGAAUUUUAGCCCUGUUGGCUUCUUCUUCUGUUUGAAAUGUACGGAGAAGGGAUGAAGUAUGGAAUAACUUGUAUGACAGGGGUGGCGGCCUUGAGUGGAGUAUAGUAGAGACAUCGAGAGUAUCAAAGGAUUCUUUACUGAUCAGGGUGUCUCGUUAGGAACAGGCCAGCCUAGGAUCGUCGCUAUUUUAAGGGGUCAGAAGGAUUGUUUGUGAAAGUAGACGAUUUUUAAAAUGGUCACGAUGGAAAUGGUUCUACUAGCUCUUUUUAACGAACUGUCCAGUUUCGAAAAUAUUCAACUUUCAAAGUAGCGUUAACCGUUUGGAUACGUUUUAGCAUCCAAUUGAGAGAAUACCUACGAUCGGAUGAGCAAACUGAUUAACUCUUUGCGAUAGCAUGGACAAGGUAUUUUCCAGAAACUUUGCAUCGCCUCGUAUUUUAUUUAACCGACGACCAAAUCGAGGCAACCUGUCCCGAAUGGAACAUCCUGUACAGCGUGGUGAAGGGAGAACGAUAGAAAAUAUUACUUCGAACAUCGACGAUUUCUUUUUCACAGAGAGUACUUGGCUAUAAUGUAACACGUUUAAUCUUCCAAGAUCUAACGAUCGACUUAACGUAAAUCGCUAGACUAGUGCGACAAUGUUUAGCUUGUAAGUUUCGAAUGCUGCUCGUUGACGAACCACGAAAGUAUUAGCGAAGUAUUAUUCCAAUGGCGGGCGUCCUCUAACGAGUUCGAUAAACAUUAAGUCAAUAUUACGGUUGACGCUCCUAAGAUGAAAGUUUUAUGAAAGUAUUAGAAAUUAACGACGAAAGAAGUAAUAAAAACUCAAGAUCUACAAUUACUAACACAGCAAUAAGCGACAGCAUAUUUCUGUCUCUGGUGGAAGGAUGCCGAAUGACGAGAAAAAGCAAUCGCUGUGAAGAAAUCUAAAAUAAUCUCUUUCUUUUUUUGUUUAAAGAUGAAAUAAGCACUAACCGCCAGAGAGAGAAAUAAUGUAAAAGGAUGAGGAAUACAAUUUCCAAAUCCCGUCCGGUAACGAGAUAGUCAAUAUAGCAUGUGAUACAUGUCGAGAUAUUAUAUAUAAUAUAUUCUAGUCAUACAGAUCUUAAAUAUUCAUAUACAUAAUAUAUAUAUAGAUUAUAUAUAUAUAUAUUUAAUAAUUCGAAUUGAGCCAUCGAUUGUAUAACUUAUUUAUAUACAUAACACGUUUAUUAAGAGUUUUACUACGAUGUGCCGAGGAUUUAUCCGUCUUUUUCGUGAGAAUAGGGCCUAAGGAAGGACGAGAGGUUUCAUGUAUCAAUGAUCGAUUCAAUUUAUCGAACUUUGGUCUUGAAGUCAUCGUCUUUCGCCAGGUAUUGAUAUAACGUGGUAGGAAUUAUACAAUGGCGCCGUUCAGUUGGCAAGCAAUAACGACUAUUAAUAUUUGUAUGGAAUUUCUAAUUGCUGCGGUCGUUAAAUAACAAUAAAGCGUGCGGAUAACUAUUAACGACGAGAACAGACGAAAAUGUUUGUUGUAGAGUGUAGAUAUCACUGUUUAGUGCUCGAAUAAAAUCUAUUUAAGAAAGUUACGGAUCGAACGGGUGCUCUGAGAGAAAAUCUAAAACGAAUGUAUCGUACUUAUUUAUAACUCGUGGAAUUAUCAGUUUUCCUUUGUACAACGAUCGGUAGUCUUUCAGGGCAAUCGUACUAUACAAUUUUAAUUCGUGAUGACACAUUGAAACGCGUCGGCUGAUCGAAUUUUCUUUUUGAAUAGAACGAUUACUUGCAUUUGGUAUCGGAAGUAAACCUUGUAGGCUUGAAAACAGGUAUACAAUCAAUUUUCUCAGAAUCUGCGAACAAUGCAAUUGGAUUUGGAGAGUUUGAAUAGUAUUAUUCCUCCGUAAAUCCAUAAUAGGAAGAAAUAAUAAUCUUUAGGAGUAUAGUAUUCAAUUGUUAAAUUAACUUGAUCUGUUUCUCAUCGUGAAUUUACUCAAGAAUAAUACCAUUCAUAUUUGGUAAAAAAACUGUUUGAAAUUAAAUGUAAUCAUCUUAACUUCUUGAUGGCUUAUUAUUUAGUAAUAAAUAAUAACUUUCCAUCCAACAAGCUAAUCUAAUAAAUUAUAUGCACGUUUUGAAGACUGCAAGCAUCCGGCCUUUAUCGAUAGACGUAUCACGCAAAAAUUCCGAUAUCUACGCGAUGAAUUUGCUCAUCGUCUAGUUCGAAGAAAGGCACAAGCUCGAUGUUCAACCGACGACUUUGGGUUUAAUCAGCCGCGAAGAUAUCGGUAGCGCGUGACUUAUUUGACGAGAAUUCAUCGACCAGCUUUGAAAUGUCGAGCAAAUUCGAUUUCGUAUUACCGCCAUGAUUGGCCGAACAGGCGAAAAGAAACGGUCGAUCGGUAUCGUCGCCGACAUUAAUACUUCGUGCAAAGGGAACGUAUUAUAAUUCAAUUCGUAAAACGACGGAACUGUUUGUCCCUGAGCUUUCAAGUGUAAUUAUAUAUUACAAAAGAAAAAAAAAAAAGAUAAUUGUUAUCCGACUUACAGGCCACGCGACCGAUUGGUGGCGCCAUCUCGACGACCGCGCGACGCAGUACCAAUUCGAUUGUACUCGAAGACACCAUUAGAAGACGUGUUACUUUAACGUCGUGAAAUGCGGAAGCAUUUGCACAAAUCUGCAGAAAUGUAAACGAAGAAUGUGCGAGUUGUAGCUAGUCCGAGGUUCGCGUUAACUCGAUCAGUCUCGAGUUUCAAGUAACGAAUUUCGUUCGAGUAAGAACGGUUCGACCAGUGGCGCCAUCAUGGCCGCCGCUCGACGGAGCAUUCACUCGCUCGUCUUCCGUCCUGCUGGGAGGACCUCAACGCCGUGUGUGCCUGCUUCGACGGGGUUUACUGUGUGCGUGCCUCGUCGGUGGCUUCAAGAUGGCCUGCAGGCUGCUGCUGUUGCGCGCCAUGGUGUGAUCGUUUGAUUCCUCGGUGCUUGUGUGCCUCUCGCUAAACGUUUCGUGAAAGAGUUCGUCAGUGCCAGGACGACGACGUGCCUUGACCGGCUGGUAACUGGGGGCAAGUUGGAGAUGUGACGAUCGACUGGAAACCGGGAUGCACGAGUUUAUUUUCUAAUCUUAUCUAAAUUGAGAAUUUAUUCUCAUCUCUGAGGUGUUACUAUAUCCCUCGAUCACGAGAAAAGAAUAUACAAGGCACUCUUUUCAACUUGACGACGUAGAAUGACCAGAAGGGGGGCUGGGGAUGUAAUUUUGCAUAAUAUAAUGUCGAAUC